CCCGAUGAUGGUUUUAAAAAAGGUUUUUUUUUCUUCUUCUUCUUCCUUCUUCUCAACCUUCUUCAUUCAUCAUUCGCUCUACUCACAUCCUAUAAAAUGCCAGUGGUUGCCUUCUUUACAGGAGCAAAGCAGCUCUCAAUUGAUCUUGCCGAACCCGUUGUCAUCCUUCGAGGUAGCUCCAAUGACCCGACAACGCACGUCCUUCAAGGAGAAGUCAAUGUUGUAUUGACUCGUCCCGUAUUGGCAUCUCAAGUUGUCAUUAAAUUUGUUGGUAAAUCCUACAUGAUGUGGCCUGAAGGUAUUGGACCAAAGGGAAAUAAAGUCUAUCAUGAAAAGAUAAUUCAUGAGCAAAACGUCAUUUUACAGACAUUUAUUGAUUGUCCUAAGAAUGAAGGUGUAUUGUCUCCUGGGUUACAUCGCUGGCCUUUCCAAUUUCUCUUGUCAAAUCAGCUUAUUGAGACGAUUGAAGAUGAAAUGGCUAAAGUUUUUUACUAUGUUCAAGCAACCAUUCAUCGUGUCGGUAUGGGAUUACCUAAUUUACGUGCCCGUCGAGACAUUCUUUUACUUCGUACGCCUCACUGGUCUGAUUCAGCAUUGACAGGGAAUUCCCUCCCUACCACGUCCAUUACGUCAGAGCGACGAUUGGAUAUAUGCGAUGCCACCAUCUGCAUUGAAAAAUCCCAUGUAUCUUCAGGCACUCAGUUCCCCAUCUCGCUCUCCCUUUCGCCCAAUGUAAAACACGUUUUCAUCGAAUCCAUUUCUGUGGUCUUGACGGAGAAAAGAGCUUACCGGUUACCAGAGUUCCAGGCCCGUCGGAUUGAAUUGCACGGUUUCAAGGUUACACUAUCUUCCGUCACCAGUUUAGUUGAUCCGGCUCUUACAUCUACACAUGGGUUAGUGACCCAAUUCUCAUUGAAGGAGAUGAGACGUGCUUUGGGCGUGAAAAAUGCUCAUAUCCCUCUCGAUAUGGGUCCCUUUCAACAUCGACUUAAUUUCACUUUACCUAAUUGUGUGCACUUGAACCAUACCUCCACCUUUUCAGAAAUCGAUAUCAGCCAUAGUCUUAAGAUUCAUAUCGAACUUACUUCACCCAAGGACGGUGAUGCAUCUUCUAGAACUCAUAUCCGUUUAGAAACACCCAUCACGAUUCUAGACUGCAGAUUGAAAGAGGACUAUAAUGCAUUACCCACUUACGAAGCAGCUGUUUUACACGACCCAAUUAUUGACGAAAAGGACCAGGAUUCGGGUCAUCCUACUGGUUUCUUUGCCUGCCCUUGUUACUUGGAGUACAAAAAGAAAAGAAAUUGCAGUAAGAAUGAUUGGAUGAAAAUUCGAGAUGAAGUCCAUCGUCCUAGUCCACCGCCAAGUCCUACAGAAGAUCAAUCCUUUGAAGAUAUGGUGACACCUCCUCCUUCAUAUGACUCCAUCGGAGCAAAAAAUUGGUAUUAAUCCAUCCCUCCCCCUCCAUUCACUCAUUGCAUCAUUAGACACCUACAUUGUAAAUACAUUUCUUAAAAUAAAAAAACUAGCAUCUAGAUUACGUAAAAAGAAAAAA